AUGUCCCAGGUACUAUUAUGGAAACUUCCUUACUUCAAUAUUUGGAAGCCUGCAUUAUUUGCUAAAUAUACUUUUCGUUUGAAUUCUAACUGUCCCCAAAACAGUACUGAUGGUGCUUUAGGAUCUUAUCAACGGGUAGGGAAAGAUAUACAUUAUGUGUUCGAUGCACAAUGGCCAUUAAUGAAUCAUCCCUCCCCUGUUCAGAUUUUUGGUAUUGAGAAUGUAAGUCGUCCAUUUAAUAAGCAAACAUUAGCUUCAAUAAAGAAAAAAUAUUUGAAUGCCGUAAAAAUAUAUCAUCCUGAUGUUUCUAACAAUAUUAGGGUCUACAGAACCAAGGCAAUGGAUAAAUCAAACUUGUUAAGUGAUGAAGAGAAAUUGGAAAGAUUUAACCUUAUUUCUAGCUCAAAAUCAAUUCUGACAAAUCCCAAAGCAUCACUUUAUGAUAACAAUUGGCCUAACACGUUUAAUGAAAAUUUCGAGAAAGAUUAUAAGACUAUGUAUCAACAAGGCAGAUGUAAUAACCCACAAUAUUGGGAAGCAGGCACUUGGGAAGACAAAAAAGAGGCUGGUUCAAAUACAGAAAAUAAUAUGCAAAGAAGCAAAGAUGGAAGGUUAUUUUUUAUUACAAUAAUUGGAUUAAUAAUAUGUUUCAAGGGUACUGAUCUAAUGACACAGGUACAAGAUUCGAUAUUGAAAAAUCCAGAAAAGAUUUUAAAACGUAAUUAA